CCCCCGCGCAAGAUGGCGGCGCUGGCGGCGGAGCGGGGCUACGCGCUGUCGUGCGGGCGGCUCGGCCGCGGCACCCGCGUCUCCGUCUUCCACGUCAAGCUCACCGAGUCGGCCCUGCGCGCCUUCGAGGCCUACCAGGGGAGGAAGGACUCCGUGGCGCUGAAGCCGUCGAUUCAGUUUCAAGGAAGCCAAGGGCACAUCUCGAUCCCCAAGCCGGACUGCCCGACGGGAGCCAGGACGUUCUCGUUUUAUCUCUCCCAUAUCGGCAAAGACAGCCCCCAGGGGAGUUUUGACUGCCUCCAGCAGUAUGUGUCCAGCAACGGACACAUUCAGCUGGACUGCCUCGGCAGCAUUCAGGACAAGAUCACCGUCUGUGCCACUGACGAAUCCUACCAGAAAGCGAAGCAGAGCAUGGCCCUGGUGGAGGAGGAGAGCCGCAGCCGGGGGGCGAUCGUCAUCAAGCCGGGAGGCCGUUACGUGGGCAAGACGGUCAAAGUGCGCAAGCCUGCCCCGGGGGUUUCCGACGCCGUCCCCUCGCGGAUCCGCCCGACGCCCGUCAACCUCGCCAGCGCCAUGAAGAAGAGCCACAGCGCCGUCUCCCAGCGGCCGUUCCGGGACCGGGUGUUGCACCUGCUGGCCCUCAAGCCCUACAAGAAGCCGGAACUGCUCCUGCGGUUGCAGAAGGACGGCCUGUCGCCGCAGGAUAAGGACGCUCUGGACGGGCUCCUGCAGCAGGUCGCAAACAUGAACGCCAAAGACAGCACGUGCACCCUGAAAGAUUACCUUUACAAAGAGGUGCAGAAGGAUUGGCCCGGCUACUCAGAAGGAGACCAGCAGCUGCUGAAGAGGACCCUUUUCCGGAAACUCUGCCCCCCACAAAACGCCAGCGGCCCCCCCGAGAACCCUGCUCUCAGCCCGCCGAGAGACAACACCAACGCAUCGUCCUCCCCUCCCCAGAAGCGGCCGCAGCCCCUGGAAUUCACGGACCCGCUAGCCAACAAGAAGCCUCGCAUCUCUCACUUCGCCCAAAGGACUCAGGCCGUUCUCAACGGCAAGCUCCACCCUGCCAACGGCAAGGAGGCCGCUGCGGCGCCGGCGCCCCCCGCGGAUCUGGUCAGCUCGAGCUCCGUCUUGCCCAGCCUGGAGCUGCCGCGGCCUCACGACCCGCUCGCCGACGUCAGCAACGACCUGGGCCACAACGGCAAAGACUUUGAGGCGGCCGAGACGGCCGAGAGGCCGGACUCCGCCCCGGCGAGCAAGCACAAUUGCGGGGCGCACUCGAAAUCCAGGCGGAAGCUCAAAAAGAGGGAGAGGGAGAGGAAGGAGGAGCAGCAGCAGCCGCCGCCGCCCCGGGAGAAACCGAACUGCGACGAGAGGAGGGACGGCACGAAGACGGGCCCCGCGCAAGACGUUGCAGGUUUAAACGGGAUGUGCAACAGCUCCAGCCUUCCAACGUCCACGUCGGAAAUGCCAGACUAUUUGCUCAAAUACGGCGCCAUCGCCUCCUCCGAGCAGCGCCAGAGCUAUAAGAACGACUUCAACGCGGAGUACGGGGAGUACCGCGACCUGCACUCCCGCAUCGAGCGGAUAACGCGGCGUUUCAUGCAGCUGGACUCGCAGCUGAAACAGCUUUCGCCGGGCUCGGAGGAGUAUAAGACGAUUCACGAUCACAUCUUGCAAGAAUACCGGAAAAUUAAAAAAACGAACCGCAAUUACAGCCAAGAAAAGAACCGCUGCGAAUAUCUUCACAACAAACUGGCCCACAUCAAAAAACUGAUAGCCGAAUACGACCAGCAGCAGUUCCUGGCCUGGCACUGAGGCCUGGGGAACGUAAACCUGUGAACGCUUUCCAAAGGAAGAGGAGGAGAGGAAGGAAGGUAGAGAUGGCUUUGAAUAGGCCCGGCUGCGGGCUUCUGGGCCCCGCGGAUCCCGUCCCAGUGAGGAGUCCCAGCGUGGCGCUGUGCCCAGCCGGGAGGCGACACGGCCUGGCCCUCUCUGUCUCUCCCCAGAUAUUAAAAACAAUUAAAGAAAGGAAA